CGCGGCUACCCGCCCCGAUCAAGCCGUGACGACUGCCAAUCGACUCCAUAGACUCCGCGCUAGAAGCAAGCAUGAUCUGUAGUCGGCUCUACAAACUGAUUGAGAUGAUUGAGAUGAUUGGAUGCCGCAUCGAAGGAAUCAGGUCAUUCGAGGCCAUUUCGUCGACCUCCACCCCAAAGCAACAAGUCGGGGCUCGAAUUUGUCAUUAGCGGUUGAAAAUCAGAAAAUGGUCGGCAGAAAUAUAAAUAUGGAGCAGGUUCUACUGGUUUGGCUACAUUGAAUUAUCGAACAAACAUCGCCUUCAACUUCAAAACCAGCUCGCAACAGCAGCAGUACCUCUCUGCCUUAACAACAACAUCGCACACCAUCAUGGCGUCUUUGACUGAGACUCUCGUCCCAUUCGCUACCUACAAUAGCUUACCGCAUAUCAGGGACGUUGCCAAUGCCCCUGAAGACCACGCGGACGAUCUCAAAGAUCUCCGCCAACUUCUCGACAAGCACAAGGUUCCCAAGGGUGUCAGCAUUCGACUUAUUCACAAGCACUUUGACACUAAGGACGGAGAAGUCAUGAUCUUUGAUAAAGUCACCAUCCUGGGCCACGGCAUUGCGCAAAUCAUGAAGCCUGUCGCAUACGAGUAUUCAAGCCAUGUCGCGCCCGACAUGGCAAACUUUGAACCCUUUCUGACAGAAUUCUGCGCUAUUGUCUCUAAGCGUAAUUUGCGGUUCAAGUUCGGACUUAGAAUUAAGGCUGAGGAUGAGCUAGACAACGUUGGCUGGACUGAGUUCGAAUUCCAUGAGAAGCGAGGUACAAUCAUGCUACAGGAUGGAAUGCCAAUGCCAGAAGGAGACUCUGACUUUACUGUUUCUACGGAGUGGAAGAAGUUGAUUGGGGAUGUCUGGCCAAGAGACUGCAAACACACCAAGACCUGCUGCCACGGGGCUACAACUUGCAAGCAUUGCACUUAUUGCAAAGCCUAUGAUGUUGAAGAGUGUGGUAUAGACAAAGAAGGCUCCUGUACAGAGGCCUUCUGUCUCGGUGGACAGAGAGUGCUACCAGGAACCUCGCUGUUCGACAUUGUCAAUACGAUUGCUGUACAAGCAUUCUGA